AUGCCUCUUCCCCUGCGAACCCUGGGCCGAGAUGGCCCCCAAGUCCCUGCCAUCGGUCUCGGUCUUGGGAGCCUCGGCGGAUUCUACGGCCCAGCAGGUACCGUCGACGAGAAAGUGGCCCUUUUAGAUCAUGCACAUGCUACCGGACUACGUUUCUGGGACAUGGCCGAUGUUUACGCUGAUAACGAGGAUGUCGUCGGUGAAUGGAUUCAGCGAUCUGGCAAGCGCGAUGACAUUUUCCUGUCCACCAAGUUUGCGCUCCAGCGCCAACCGGAUGGAAGGCACACCUUUCAUUCUGAUCCCGAGUACGUCAAGGCCGCAUGUGAAAAGAGCCUCCAGAGACUCGGGGUGGAAACCAUUGACCUUUAUUACUGCCAUCGGGUGGAUGGGGUCACGCCCAUUGAAAAGACCAUCGAAGCCAUGGUGGAGCUGAAGAACAAAGGAAAGAUUCGGUAUCUCGGUCUGUCGGAGGUCUCAGUAGCCACGCUUCGUCGAGCGCAUGCCGUCCACCCCAUUGCCGCUCUACAGAUGGAAUACAGCUUAUUUACUCUGGACAUCGAAUCGUCUACCUCGGAGAUCCUGAAAACCUGCCGCGAGCUAGGUAUAACUGUCGUAGCCUACAGCCCUAUUGGACGCGGUGUUCUCACCGGCCGGUUCCAAUCUCACGCAGACAUCCCUGAGGGUGACUUGCGCCGCAUGUUGCCCAAGUACUCGGAGGAAAACUUCCCUAAGAUCAUGAAGUUGGUGCAGCGAUUGAAAGACGUUGGCAAUGCCCAUGGAAGUACCCCGGCACAGGUCGCUCUUGCGUGGCUGCUGGCGCAAGGACCGGAGAUCAUUCCCAUUCCAGGUACGAAGUCUACCGCCAAAAUGGACGAAAAUGCUGCCUCUGCGCUGCUUCAGUUGAGCGACCAAGAAGUGCAAGAGAUUCGGACUCUAGCGGAGCGAGCAGAAAUCCAAGGUACUCGGUACCCUGCCGCGGUGAUGGCCACUCUCUCCGCAGAUACCCCGCCACUAUAG